AUGGCGGUGACUGCAAAGACUCGGCAUGUGGCUGUCGUUGCGCUGACCGGGGAGGUCGUUGUGGAAGCCGAUGUGCUCGCCCUGCACACCGUAGCAGAGCUGAAAAGCACGGUGGCGCGGCGACGCCCGCGCUGCGCGCCCUGCUGGCAGCGGCUGCUUGUGGCUGGCCGCGAGCUGCAGGAUCAGGAGGUCUUGGCUGACACUCUGCCGUCCGAUGAACCGGCCACCCUGCAGCUCGUUGUGGCACUCAACCCCUGGGACUUGCUGCUACUCCGAAGGGCACAGAGCUGUUCCGUGGAGGAGCUGAGGCGAAAGCUUCGCGAGGCGAAAUCAGUCUCGACUUUAUGCGGCCCAGGCGACCUUGAGCGGCACUCUUUCGCGGUGGCCGCUGCCGAGGCGCUCGGCCGAGGUCAGAGCUCGGCCCUCGUGAAAAGACUCUUCGAGGAGCGUGAGGCGCCCGUGACCUCCUCCGAGGCCGAGGACCUUCUCUACCAGCUUCGAGAAGACUUCGCCCGCUACACGGAGCGAUUGCCGAACUUGCGAGCAGCGCUCUUGGAUCAGGUUCUGCGCCUGCUACCAGAAGGCGAUGUGCCAAAGAGCGUGCGCAUAAGCAAGCUGAUGGACGUCCUGUCCUGGCUGGGGCCGCCGGCCGUGCCACACCUCGCCCGGGGCAGAGAGCUGAAGAGCGCAAAGGGAGUCAGCCGCUAUUUCGGGCUGUAUGGUUGUGGUCCAGGCAGGAUCCUACUCAAGAGCCGGAUAAUCAGUAAAGCAAUGGUGCAGCUGGACACCAGAUCCGAGACGCGGCGCUGGCUCUUGCUGCUAGGUGCUGCAGUGACCUUCGUGGUGUUUGCCCCUCGCGGGCUGCUGGUCGGGCUGACGGUGCUGGCCCUGCUUGGAGCACGCGUCCCACAGCGGCUGCUGCAGAGACUGAGCCGGGUGAAGGAGUCGCUGAGCCCGCGGUCCUCUGAGCAAGAAGCCGCUUCGCCACGGACACCUUUGGAAACUGCAGAUGGGGAUUGGGGGCCCGCGCUGGUCUUGGUCUUCGAGGCAAAGAACUCUUUGACUGGCAUCCAGCAGCUGCGCAUCCGACCAGGGGAUGGUGCCAGAUCCUGGUCCUUGGAGGACCUCCCCCUCUCAGAUCAUCCUGCGCACUCUCCAGCCUUCUUGCCGGAGGCUGUUGCAGAUGCGCUUGAGCGGAUGACAUGGAAGCCGGCUCAGCAGCUGCCGUGCAGUGAGAUGCUGAAGAGGCUUACUGACGCCGGUUUGGAAUAUCGCCUCGGUGCCUCUUCUGGUGGCGAUUACAUUUUCUGCAGCGUCCGCCUCCCUGAGGCCACCGUCAAGGCGAAUCUUAGCUUCUAUCACUUGCACUUGGAGCUCCAUCCGGAUCGCUCCAGGACCUAUGCUGCAGAGCUGGGCAUGCCUUUGGCGGUGUGCACGCGGGGUGGAGCGUUCCCCGAAGCACGCCAAUCCGCAGAGUCCUUCGACUCGCGUGCGGCCGAGGCAGACUUCGCAGUCCACGAAGGGUUGCCAGACGAUAUCUGGGAGGACUUGCACGUGCGCUUCUAUCCCAACAUUCCCAGCCGGGUGUUUCGACAUGUGCCCCUGGUGCAUGGCAAGGACGGAGUUGCCUCACAGCCGUGCUCGCCUGCCAACGAGGUCAAUUUGCCUACGCUGCUACUGCCUUCAGAGCGACUACGCCUGUUGUUGAGCCUGGUGGCCGACGACAUGCCAGGUGCGACUGGCGAGAUGGGAGCGGGAUUCAAGCUCGACCAGUGGAAGCGGCCAAAGCUGUGCAAUUGCCUGCUCCGGACUUGUCGCAACUUCGGUGCACGACGCUACGCGGCGACCACUGCAGAUUUGAUGGACAAUCUCCGCCAGGUGCCUUCAGCCUUCUCGCACUACUUUCUCAUGCAGGACCCCCGGGACGGCGCGUUUUCGGAGCUCCGCUUCAAGUUCGGCUUGCCGAGCUCGCCUCUGUUUCGGAGCGGCCUGCUCUCCGGCGUGGUCGACAAGAGCCUUCCGAGUCUGCUGCAGCACUUCUUCGGCCAGCAAAUCGGCUUCUACUUUGCUUUUCUGCAGCACCUGUUCAGUUACGGUUUUGCUUUGACCGUCUUGCUGGCUCCGCUGCUGGCAGUCUACAGCGUGGACUGGGCGCAGCACGUCGUGCAUGCGGUGAACACUCAGGAGAAGUUGAAGCCUUUCCUACUGGUCGACGAAUUUGCAGCCGAGUUGGACUCGGAGGCAGCCAAGAGGCGCUGGCCUUUGUGGUCUCUGAUGGUCGGGCUGACGACCACAGUAUGGGGUCAAUGUGUCAUCGAGUCGUGGCACCGGCAGGAGCAGCGCUACGCCCUCCGCUGGGGAUCCUGGAAGGCGCUUCAGACCCAUCGAGCGCCAAGACCAGCUUUUCGUGGGCGGCUGGCGCUGAGCCGGGUGGAUGGCCGGCUGGUGCAGCUUCAUCACGACAGGAGACUGUUUCAAGCGCGUGUCAUCGCCGUGAAUCUCUGCUUUCUGGGACUCUGGGUCAUGGUCUUCCUGAGCUUCUACAUCAUCCGCACAAGCCACGUCCAGGUUGCAACCGAGAACUACGCCUCCAUGGGAGCGAUGUUCUCUGUUGUAAGUGUGCUGCUGUAUCACCUCUUCCGUGUUGUCGCCCACAUCCUGACAGACGCGGAGAACCACCGAGAGGAGGAUUCUUGGGAGACGUCGAUCCUGGUGAAGAAGUGGGCGCUGACGGUGAUCGUCCAAUGUUCUGCGACCAUGCAUUUGCUCUUCAUCCGGCCGUGGCUUUGGCCGUGUGCAUAUGGCAGUCCCGACAUCCGGCAUCGCCUCGGCAUCGAGAGCUGCGCCUUUUGGGACAAGGAUUGUUGUGAUGUCGAGCUCCACAGUGGCGGACAGGUCCUCCUGAGCUUCGCGCAGCUGCGAAGGGAAGCGGUGGUUCGACACGCCAGGCAGUUCGUGGCUGGGUGGCUCGUCUCCAAGAUUUUCACCCACAACCUGCUGAAGUGGAUAGUCCCUCGACUGUUCGGCUUCCUCUGCAACAGAGGUCUGUACCCUCUGCUGGCAGUGGACUUUGCUGAGGAUGUGCUGACGGACCUCGCCAUGUCAGACACUGAGCUGGGCCGCCGUAGAGUCGGUCGCAGUCGGCUGCGGCGCUGCUUGGCAUCGCUUUGUGCACGGCGCGCUCCUCUCUUGAAGAGGUGGCAGCGUAGUGCCACAGAUUUGCCAGGCGAUGCAGGACCCUCCAACUUGCCGAAGGAACUUACUGCAGCCUGCGAGUGCCAGCUGGACAAGCAGGAACCAUGGGACGUGCUGGACACAGCGACGGACCUCUCUGUUCACUUUUUGGUGACGUCUUUGACAACUGUGAUCUACCCGUUUGCGCCACUUUUGUUCUUGGCGCAUCUGGUGGUGGAGUUCCAAGUGGAUUUAUUUCAGCUUUUGGACCGCCGGCAGCCGAAACCUCGCUUCGCGAAGGGUCUCCCGCGGGCCUGGCUUUCAAUUUUCCAGUCCUAUGUGUACAUUGGCGCGUUGUCGAACCUGGCAAUUGUGACCUGGAGAACCACUCUAGUGGAGGAUUGGCUCGGCCGUGAACCCGGAGUGCAUGUCGCGUUUUUCAGCACGGCCAUGCUUCUGCUAGUCUUUGUGCUGGGGAUGGUGCAUUUGGUCACCCCGGCUACUCCGACCGACGUCAUCGAGCACCUUCAGCGCGAGCGGGAGGUCGAGGCGUUCUUCAUUGGCCAUGCGUCGAACCGCGAGGGCGCAGA